AACAUGUUAGUGGAAUUAAAAGUUUUCAUUGUCUUGACAAGCAUUUUAAUCAUAAAUGCAAAUUCACAGGAAUUAUUUCCUGUCACUAUAAUUCAUUUAAAUGAUAUGCAUGCACGUUUUGAUGAAUCAAAUGUUGAGGCGAAUGUUUGUAAGCCUGGUAACAAUGAUUGCAUUGGUGGAUAUGCGAGAAUUGUAACAAAAGUCAAGGAGUUGCUGCAAACUAAAGCUGCACUGAAUCCGCUUUAUCUUAAUGCUGCUGACAAUUUCCAAGGCACUUUGUGGUACAACAUGUUUCGAUGGAAUGUCACCAGUUACAUGUUGAACCUUUUACCGGCUGAUGCAAUGACUAUUGGUAAUCACGAGUUUGAUGAUGGGAUUGAAGGAUUAGUUCCAUUUCUCGAAGCCAGUCGCUCGCCGAUUUUAAUUUCUAAUAUUGACGACACACUUGAACCAACCUUUCAAAAUAUGUACACAAAAUCAAUGGUGAUAACAAAAUAUGGCAGACCAAUCGGUAUCAUUGGUGUGACAACAACUUUCCGAUCAAAUUGGGGGCAACUCAAUAUUUUACCUGAAGCGGAAGCGGUCAAAGUUGAAGCUGAAAGAUUAAAAUCAGAAGGUGUUGAUAUAAUUAUUGUCUUAUCACAUUGUGGUCUCGAUCCUGACAGAGAGAUUGCGGUUCAUGGAGGUCCAAUUGAUAUCAUUGUCGGAGGGCACAGCCAUUCCUUCCUGUGGUCUGGGGAGAAUCCACCAGGCCCCGAUGGUGUCGUUUCAUCAUACCCAACAAUACAGAAACAAGACAAUGGACGUGAUGUUCUAAUUGUGCAAGCUUCUGCUUACAAUAAAUAUCUUGGAGACAUUACAUUGUACUUCGAUGAAGCUGGUGAAAUACAAGACUAUGAGGGAUCGCCUAUUUAUAUGAGUCACGACAUUCCACAAGAUCCUGAAAUUCUCGCUGAACUUAUUCCUUGGAAGGUUGUUGUGGAUCAAGUGAUAUUCAGACAUAUUGGCGAUACGAAAUAUGAAAUCCCCAGGAAUCGUUGUUAUUCAAAAGAAUGUCCAAUGGGAAACUUAAUGGCUGACACUUACGCUUAUGCUUUUCUCCAUAAUAAUCCAGAUAAUGAAGGUUGGACAGGUGCAUCGAUUGCAUUGGUAAAUCCUGGAGGUAUUCGUGCUGGUUUAUCACGAGGUGACAUCGUUUAUGGAGAUAUAAUUACAACAACUCCUUUCGAGAAUUCUGUUCAUAAUAUUGAACUUCAAGGAAAGUUUAUCAGACAAUCUUUGGAGUUUUCAGUUGCAAAUAAUGAAAGUUUGAUUCUCUUACAAGUGUCGGGACUUAAAGUUGUUUAUAACAUGGCGAAUGAAGCAAAUAAUCGAAUUGUGUCACUUGACGUUCUCUGUCGUGUCUGUGAUGUCCCUCGAUACGAACCAAUCGAUGAUGAAAAGUUUUAUCGCCUAGCAAUGCCAGACUUCUUAGCAGGUGGUGGCGAUGGUUUUACAAUGAUUGGUGAAAAUAAACGAAACACAAUCGUCGGUCCAUUAGACAUUGACGCACUUGAAAACUUUAUUUACAAAAAUUCACCAAUGACUCUUCCAUUUGUCAUGGGCCGCAUAAUGUUUUUGUAAUUACUUAUUAAAAAAUACAAAG